CAGGCAGCCAAUCAGCAGCUUUGUUGUCUGCAGUUUGCUCAGAUGGGGUAGACGCUACUAAAGAAAGAUUUUCCACAGGCUAACGAUGGAGGGGAACCGCGUGAACUUCUACAUCGGCCUGUCUUUGGCCGUCAGCUCCAGCGCUUUUAUCGGAGCCAGCUUCAUCCUGAAAAAGAAAGGCCUGUUGCGAUUGGCCAGCAAGGGCUCGAUGCGAGCAGGUCAGGGGGGACAUGCCUAUCUUAAAGAAUGGUUGUGGUGGGCUGGACUCAUUUCAAUGGGAGUUGGAGAAGCAGCCAACUUUGCUGCUUACGCGUUUGCACCGGCCACCCUGGUGACCCCCCUCGGAGCACUGAGUGUACUCGUUAGUGCAGUCCUCUCUACGUACUUUCUAAAUGAGCAGCUGAACAUUCAUGGGAAGGUCGGCUGUUUGUUGUGCAUCCUGGGCUCCACGGUCAUGGUGAUCCAUGCUCCACAGGAAGAAGAGGUUGGGUCACUUACUGCCAUGGCCGAGAAACUUAAAGACCCAGGUUUCAUUGUGUUUGCUGUUUGUGUUGUGGGAAGCAGCUUGGUCCUCAUCUUCGCCGUGGCUCCACGGUUUGGCCAGAAGAACGUGCUGGUCUACAUCCUGAUCUGCUCUGUGAUUGGUUCACUCUCCGUGUCUUGCGUGAAGGGGCUGGGCAUUGGCAUCAAAGAGCUGUUUUCUGGGACAGCGGUGCUGAAGGAACCCCUCUUCUGGUCCUUGGUCAUCUGCCUGGUCAUCUGUGUUAGCGUUCAGAUUAAUUACCUGAACAGAGCCCUCGACAUCUUCAACACCUCCAUCGUCACCCCAAUCUACUACGUCUUCUUCACGACAUCCGUCAUGGCUUGCUCGGCCAUCCUCUUCAAAGAGUGGCUGCGUAUGACUGCAGACGGAGUCGUUGGAACGAUCAGUGGAUUCCUCACCAUCAUUCUAGGAAUAUUCCUCCUCCAUGCCUUCAAGGACAUCCCAUUCCAUUGGAACUCCCUCCCUCUUUAUCUGCAGAAGGAUCCUCGAGACUUUUCACGGGGUCAGCAGCCAUAUGAGACUCUCUCUAGCCGCGAUCUGGAAACGGAGGGGGAAGCCGGGUUGUCCAAGUCUGGACGCCUGAACGGCGGGUGGAGACAGCAUCAGAGUACAGCCUGAGAAGAGAAGGUUCUCAGGCUCUCAUCGUCCCCACAAAAAAAAAAAUCUGAAGCUUUAAUGAACAUAAAAACUUAGU